GGGACAGAUCCAACCAGUCAGAACCAGACACAACUCUCCUGACAGUGAAGAAGACACCCAGACAGGAAGUCCAGGGGGAGAAUGACACGGUUAUCAGAACAGAUAUACUGUUAGACACACCUGGGGCACCGAAGGGGAGAGAGGCACUCAGUAAUGUGCAGAACUCAAGGCUGCGGAGAAACACAAGAAACAAGAAACCACAGGGGGUACCUGAAGACAUCCUCAGCACUCCAAAACCAACCGAUCCUUUCAAGAGUUCCAAACGUGGGGAAGAGGACAUCAGAGACCAGUCAUCGGCUCGCAAGAGAGACCAGUCUUCACACCAGAAGGAGCCAAAGACUCGAGAACCUCCUCAAUGUGAAUCAGAAGACAAGAGGAAAGGAAAGACUUCCGAGAGCAAACAGAGAAGGGGUAGGUCACGUAAAGACGGUGGAAACAACGGCGCAAGCGUUGAACAACAACCCUCUACAGAGAAACAGGUCGCCACUAGGGGAGGGGCAAGAAGAGGAAGACCAAGGAAAGAGGAGUCAACCAGUAAUGUGCAGACAGCCAAAGAAGUUGUUGUUACCACGACCAAGAAAAGAGGGAGGCCAAGCAAGAAAGAAAGCCUUACCGUCAGCGGAGAACGUUCCGAGAACACAGAGACAAACGAAAAGAUGGAAGCUCCAAGCAAACACAAGAAUCUGACUGAAGAUGAGGAAAGUCAGGCUGAAGAAACAGGUAAGGGGGGACGUCCGAGGAGAGGUCGCGGCCGUAAACGAGCGCAGUCUUCCGCCAGUCAAGGCACGUCUCGAACGUCACAAAGAAUAAAAGAUGUUGCUGAAGGCAGCAUGGGAGAGAGUGAGGAGGAACCAACUGCGAGGCAGAGAGGUAACAGGAUGGGUCUGCGAAACACCAAAAAAUCCACAGUUGCACACAACAAAAGCAGUGCAGAAGAGCAAGCUAAAGGUAUGCCUGAUAACACUGAAACAGAAAGGGAAGAAAGUGAAGCCCAAAAAAAUCCAGGCAAAAGAAAACGACAUUACCAAAGGAAGAAGAGAGCAGGUAACAAGAAGACAGAGGAAACUGAAACAAGUACAACUGAACAAGAAGAUGACGCCACGGAUAAGUGUGAAAGCACACAGGACACAAAUAAGUCUCAAAGAAAGACGGACAAAAAGUCAUCUGAAGACUGCAAAGGAAGACAGGGAAAAGAACAGGGUAGAGAUGCGUCUGAGACGUCCUGGACUCUGGAGGAAGAAAAGAAGCUUUACAGUGCCAUAAACAGCACAUCUGCGGAGGAUGAGUGCAUGUGGCAGAAGGUUGCUGUGAUGGUGGGGACACACACUGCAGAGGACUGUCAGGCCAGGUAUCAGGAGAUGACGUCUACAAGUACAGCCAAACAAACAGCCAGCGCAAAGGACAAAGGAGAGGCCAGUGGGGCAGAGAAAGAGCCUAAGAAGCCUGUUGUUGUGACUGGAAAGGCUGGCACACUGAAGAGGAAGAGGCAGAUACAGGAGUUGCUGAAGCAGCACAAUGAAGGCCACAAAGACGAAGCCUUUGAAGAUGGCAUCACUCCUUUCAAGAAGCAGAGAAAGAUCAGUAAGGGACUUAUCUCUAUAGACUACAAUGCAGACGAGGAUGACGACGUGCACACUGACGUGGCGACCAGACAGGCCUUCCAGACACCGAUGAGCCGGCUGUUCGGGCACAGUUCCGCCGCCGCUGAGCCCACUCCCAAGGGGCUGAGCCUCCGAACACCAGGGGCUAUCAGCGAGGAGGUGCACAAGUCCAAUCUUGAUAAGUAUGUCUACAAGCAGCAGAAGGCAAAGAAAGGAAAAGCUAUCAAUGGAGGCCCCAUAAAGACCCUGGGAGGAAGUCGCCAGGCAGGCAAAAAGACGAAGCUUUCCAACAUUGACUUCUCCAAGCUGCUGACAGCUCAGCCCAUCCAAGAUGACGACUCAGAAGAAGAAGAUGACUAUUUUUCAGACAUGGAAGAUUAACUCUUAGCCCCUCCCCUCUUUUGGGGGUAUAUAAAUUCUACUAUGGACAUAUGUAUUUAAUUUACAUAGAUUAAAAUCUCCUUGUGCAAAACCAAAACAUUUUCCACCCAAAACAGUUUGCAUGACUGAAGACUGUCCAAAUGAAAUAAAAACGUACUACACAAGAUGUAAAAAUUUGAAGAGCCGAACAUCAUCAUCUCUUGAAAGUAUCACUUGAGAAUUAUUUUUGUACUAAAAUGUGUUUUUUUUUACUGUAUUUAAUCAAUGAGCAUAAUAUGUUGUUUUUUGUAGAAGAAGAAGUACAAAUAAGAUAGCAUCUCAAAUCUUUUGGGCGAAUAAGCAUUUUGUUUUGUACUUUUUCAGCUUAACAAUGAGUUUGAUUAAAGGAAAUAAAUGUUGCCAGCUAACAAAAGUGCUGCAUCGAUUGUACAUGCAGUAGUAGAAGUAACGUAGUAGUAGUGGCGCUUUGGUCAAGAAGAAGCAAAAAUUGUUUUGUUUUUUCCUUUACAGUUUAACCCUGUUUAGAAGCAUUUGACAUGUUCUGUUGUAUAAUUUUCAGUUACAAUGAGAUGAUCUAAUGUUGCUGGCUAACAUCAUUUGUCCAUGUAGUAAUAGUGCUGCUUUGGUAAAAAAGAAGCAAUUGUUCUGUUUUUUUACAGCUCAACUAUGUUGAGAAGCAUUUCUUUUUUUAUUUUGAGUUAAUGAUGCUACUUUUUCCAUGAGUAUGUAGUGUUUUGGGCUGACAUUGCUUGUAGAACAUUGUAAUACUGGAAGUGGUGCUUUCGUCAAGAAGCAUUCAUUCUGUUUCUUUUACAACUUAUCUGUAACUAGUGACACCUUCAUAAUUAAACUUCGUGAAAUUAAGAUUUGUUUACAACUUUAAUUCUAAUGUCAAUACAUUGUUGUAUGUCAGAUGCCUAACUCAGAGCGUCAUACUUAGUACAUGCGUGUGUAUGUGUGCUAUUUUAAACAUUGUUGAAUCAUAUGGAAAAUCACCAAAUGAAAUGGAGACGUUAAAGAAUUGUGCAUUGAAAAAUCUGACACUCCAUAUUAAAAGAUGGUGACAAUUUUAGUUUGGCUACAUCUGCCUUUUACUUUUUUUUUAGUUUAUUUUAUGUACAUUUUAUCUAGGCUAACAGUACGAUAUCUUUGUAGAAAAUGAUUGAUAAAACGAUAUGCUCAAUAAAUGGAUAAAUUUUUUAAUGAGAA